UACACGAAUCUGGUUCCACAACCUUCGAGUAACCAAUGCCUACUACGGAUGAUCUGGAAUUGAGUGAAACGCAAAAUACAAAUUUGCUUCUUCUGGCUACAUUGCAUCACGCGUAUCGGAGGGACCCUUAAUUUAAUGGUUACAGUCUAUUCUAAAUAGUAACAUUAUGGCUCUAUUGCAAUGUUUAGAAGAUUCACCUGGAAGGUGGCGGUCAACAAGACAGGGAAAUUAUUUGAAUAUACAGGAGUUGUACAACUAAAAACACCGACUAGCGUUAGAGGAGCUUAUUUCAGGUGGAGUUGAUUCCUUUUUGGAAUUUCUAAGAAAAUAGCAAAUUCCGAACUUUCUCUCCGAUGACGAGAUCAAACAGAUUGGCAGUGCUGCGGUGGUUCCACGCUGUGUGUCCCUCCACCGGGAGGACGUCAUUAUUGAGCAGUCGGUGAUUGCCAUAGUGACAGACUCUCUGACAGACCUGGACAUCUUCAAGGAUCUUCAGGAGGCGUGCGUGCACGUGGCACAGAGUUCCAGUUUACAUCCUGCUGGACCACUCAUGUGUGCCCACAUUCCUCAAAAUGUGCAACAACAUCAAUGUGCGCCUGGAUGAGCUUCGGCAAACGCUAGUGCGGACCAUAACUGGUGGUACGUACUUCAUGAGAUCAGGAGCCAAGAUUACAGGAAAGGUUAAUGAACGGUUCAUGUUGAUUGAUGGGAACAGAGUGGCUACUGGCUCCUACAGCAGCAACCUGAUUGAGCUGUCUGGCCAGAUCACUGAGAACUUUGAUGAGGAGUUCCGCUUCCUGUACGCUAAGUCCAUGCCUGUUAUUACCAGGGGCCCAGCCAGUGCCCGAAACCGUGGCAUCUACGGCCACCUGCUCAUCAAACACCCAGUCACCUCAUCCCCUCAGCCGGCCAGAGAAAGGACCCCAGUCGAGCCUGUCUGUCUGGAAGUAUUGGGAAAAACUGUCUGUCUGACCAUCACACCCAGCCGGGCCCAGGCUGUGGCAGUGCUGCCCCCCAGAGAGGAGACUGGGGAGAGGGGCCGUAAGAGCAGCCCGGUCUCGGACUCCUCCACCAUAGGGGAAGACUGGAUGGAGCAGCAGCACAUGCAGGAGAUCCUGGCUGGAAGUGCUGCCCGGUGCCUGCCUACAGGUGACCCUGCCACUGUCACAGUAGCAGUGGAUGUGCUGGUCACACCCCCCCGUCAUGUCUCCACCCAGACCAGCUGCCCCAUGGUGGACAGUGGAGUGCAGACAGAUCUGACUCAGUACACUAACCGCCUCUCCCCCAACAAGGCUACAGUUACCCCCUUUACCACCACCAAUAACCAGACCAACAACAUCCAGAAUGAAGCUGCCUCCUCCUCAGAUUACAUCUCUACCUCCCCCAGGCAGCACCUCACCUCCCAUGGGGUGGACCAUUGUCCUGCAAUCUGUCACUGUACCGCGCCCCCGAUGGGAACCUGAGGGAGUGCUUCCACAAGCUGACCAAAGAGCGUCAGUAUCACUACUCCACCAUCCGCUCCAAGCUGGAGCACAUGGUGACCAUGCUGUCCCACCGCCGCGAGCUGGUGAACCUCAACAACAUGGCCCUGGGGCCCGGGCUGCACAGAGCAGGCAAAGGCCCAGAAAGAGCGGAGACAGAGGCAGGGGCAUAACCCUGGCCUGCUGAUGGACAGUGUGGGCAUGGGCACACUAAAAUGAUUUACUGGGCUGCAGGGCCUUGGAGGUGGAGGGUGUUGUGGAAAGGGUUUUGUGUAGGUAUACACUACUUGAAACAAAUGGGUUUAAAGGGCAAUAUGAAAUAUUUGAAAAUUAGUGUUUCUUAGUCUUAAGAAUUUGAACGUACUCUACAUAGCCAAAAGUAAAUUUGGUUAUUUCAGCCACACUCAUUGCUGACAGGUAUAUAAAAUCGAGCACACAGCCAUGCAA